CAUUUAUUUGCUAAAUAAGAGAAUGAAGAAAUAGUCCCAAUAAGUUAAAUUUGCACUUGAAAAUUGCGACACAAAAGGAAGACAAGAAAAUAUAAUUUAAACGUAGUAGAAAUAAAUCAAAGUCACGCGAUAACAGCACGACGCGCUACGUCUUACUAAACUAAACCAAACCCAUUUAAGGUAAAAAAUAUUGUGGUUAAGUGAAGACAAUAUUCUCCCCUGAUUGUGGUUAAAGAAUUGCAACAAAAGAAAAUUCAAAAGUCGGUGACACGAAACAAAAAAAAACUUCUAACAGAAACUAAAUAUGGGCCGUGUUUUUCUCGAGCAUAUUGGCGGCUCGAAACUGUUCAAUUGUGCGCAGUGCCAAACAAAUCUUACCAAUCGCAGCCAAUUGAUUAGUACUCGAUUUACGGGUGCCACGGGUCGUGCUUAUCUAUUUAAACGAGUGGUUAACCUAACCUUUAGCAAUGUGCAGGAGCGAGUGAUGCUCACGGGACGGCAUAUGGUACGGGAUGUCAUGUGCAAGAGUUGUGAUGCCAAGCUAGGUUGGAUGUAUGAAUACGCCACCGAGGAUGCACAAAAGUACAAGGAAGGCCGUGUUAUUUUAGAAUACGCACUAAUAAACGAAACAGAAGGUUUCCAGGGGGAAAGUGCUACAAUUCAUUAGAGAAACAUUAAUUAUAGUAAAUUUUCAUUUAUCAUAACACGGGAGCCAGCAUUGCAUCAGCUAAUUGCUAAAUUGGCUAACCUAAUACAAUUAUUCUCAUACUUAGUACUUAGUCUUUUUUCGCUAGUAUUCAACAGUUACCAAAAGUCGCAUUUGCAUUAAGUUAGUAAUCUAAUCGUCACUUGGCUACACUACGUUAAAAUCUCAACAACUAUAUUUUAUUUUAAGUGCGAAACUAAUAUCCAAAAGGCUUUCCAUAGUCUGUUAAUGGAAUGUGUAACUGAUAGUAAAAUCGUACAUUUUUUGUCUUCGUUCUAACACUAUCAUAAUUUGUAAGAUAUCUUUAACUAUCGAUAUAUAUACAUAUGCAUGUACUAUGUAUUAUCUAAGUUUUUGAAUAGUAAUUUAUAUCGUUUAAAAUAUACGAAAAUAUCAAAAUAAAAAUGCCAAAUAAGCUGCAUAAAGGCAUGCGCCCGCUUAUCAGGGCAAUGAACUCUGGCAUCCAUCGCCACAAGCAAAACAA